AAAGUCAUAAACUCAAAUUAGGCUAUAAAAAUGCGUCAGUUUAAAAUCUCAUCACUCAUCAUCAUUCUUCAAUUUCAUGCUUUUGUGUUCAAUUAAAGAAUGGAGUGCGCGGCGAAGGGAAGCGGAACACGGUGCAGCGCCGUCGCAACGACACUGUGUGCACGAUGCGAAGCCGUUGCUUAUUGCUCACUCUCUCACCGAAUUGCGCAUUGGAAUCAUCACAAACACGAGUGUGAUAGAUUACAGCAACAAAUGGAGAGUGUAGAAGAACUCAAUGAUUUUCCUUUCACUUCCUCUCAUGAAGCCACAUUUCAGAUUUGUGCAAAACAAGAAACUAGGUGUUCAUUUUUGACGAAGAGAGGCCUUCAUCGAGUGGGAAUAUGGAUGCUUGAAUGCCAUUGUGAAACAUCAUCUGCUUCAUUUGAUCUUUUAAGGUCAAACAAUUGCUGGAACCUUCCAAGUGUUUUGUGCCCAUGUCGCGGUCCCGACUCUCUGGUAUCAGAGCAGUUGUGUAGUUGGAGAGACUACUAUAACUGGAGGGGCAUCCCACUAGACUCACCUAUUGCUUUGCUUCUUCACUGGCCACUUACAAUAUAUCAUGCUGCUCAACUUGUUGGAAUUACAACCUUGAAUCUCGACGUCAGUGAUAAGUUGUACAUACAUUACCUUGGACCUGAGAAGGAGCUGCUACAACUUGCUGUGUUUGGAGAAUUACUUGCCCUCUUCCCUGGUGUACAUAUUCAUAUAGAUCUUGUUGGACCUGCAAUUCAUUCUCAAAGGGAUGGUGAAAAGAUCGGCAUUUCCAAGUAUCCUUGUUGCAAUGAAGCCAACUGUGUGUGCAAACUAGUGACUGAAAAUGUCAGUAUAACCUCUGCAUUGACAUUGCAGCUUUGGCGAGGAUUUUAUCAUGACAGAUACAAAGAUAUUGUUAAGGAUUCCUUUCCUCACCUAAUUAUUGCUCCAAAUGGCGGCAUUGCUGCCUAUUCCAGUUGGUUACCAAGUAUUGAGUUAAUUGGAAAGAUUGAUGUCCCUGCAGUUUUUACUGAUUAUUGUGAAGAAGCUUGUCAUCUUGCAGCAAGUUGCAUAAAGACUGUAACUGGACGCCCUCUUAGAUUACCUGUUCAAUUAAAUCCUUUCAGGCAGCCUAUUGCCGUGGAAGACAGCGUGUUGUUGCUUCCAUGCUACUCUAAUUGCUUUCUUUUUGGUAUAUAAUUGCCAAUAGGACUUCACUUCAUAAGAUAGCUCGUAUAUGAUUCUUACGGUUGGCUCUUUUUGAAAGCUUCGUGUUAGAAAUGAAGCAAACAAUUGCUUCAAUCAAAAUCGAAAAUAGGAAAGAUAAAUGCAAGCUAUGUUUUACUUAAUCAAGAGAAGUAGAGAACUUUUUCCCCCUAAUAUCGGGUCAAGUUGGAUAACGACUGAGGUUGGAAAACAGAGAUUUAAUGUUGGACUUCUAUAAUGCCUCUUUUUUCUUAAGUUACUAUUAUCACUAUGAGCUUGUCUCUAUUGGUUUUUCAGGGAAAAUAAUUGUAUUAUUUUUCUUCCGACA